AUGGCUACAGUUGCUACUACCACGUCUUUCCCUUCGUUCCAUAAGGACGUCGGAAAACCUCAUAUUCAAGUGCAAACACGACCCUUAUCACCAAGUAUUUCUACACCACCUCAUGGUACUUCAGGGUAUACUGAAUCUCCAACAUCUUCUCAGCCAUUUCAGAACAUAUCAGAAUCCCACCAUAGAAACAACCCAGGUAUCAUUGGUGUCUCUUCUUUUGAACGAAGUCGAAGUCGGAGCAAUAGUGGUAGUAGCACAUCUAGUGGAAAUUCAACAAAUAGGCUUCCAUUUAUAACAUCCGAUCGACGUGCCCUAUUUUCCCAUGCAGUUGCUCGGCCAGCAAGUCCUAGUCUCAACCAUGGUUCUCAUGUCGAAAAUAGUUUAGAAUAUUCUGAAAACGCUAAUUCUCAAUCAUUUACCGGAAACCGUCCUAGAAGUCGAUCUCUCACUCAGAAGACAAUUAGUUCUUUAGCAGCACCAAUAUCGCUCCCAUUAAUUUUAUUGUGUAUAUCUUGGUACACAUCAUCUGUCGUUUCAAACACUCUUAAUAAAUAUAUACUGACUGUUUUUCCAUAUCCAGUCACCCUUACUAUGAUCCAGUUUUUCUUAGCAGUUUGUCUGGGUUUGUCUACUAUCCAGUUAUCUCAAAUAUCUCAUAAAUUUUACAAACUUCUUCCAGCUGGAACUGUUUCACUUUCUGGAUUUAGAUCACCUACCAAGGAGAUUAUCAUGUCCACUCUUCCUAUGGGUAUUUUUCAGCUUUUUGGCCAUAUUUUUUCGCAUAUGGCUACCUCUCAAAUCCCAGUUUCAUUAGUUCAUACCAUUAAGGCUCUAUCACCACUUUUCACAGUUGCAGCUUAUAGAGUUGUAUUUGGAGUUAAAUAUCCCUCUAGGACUUAUUUGACCCUUAUUCCACUUACAUGUGGUGUCAUAAUGACCUGUUCUACCCAACUUUCUUCUCAACUAAAGGGCAUCAUUUAUGCAUUAAUUGCUUCAUUGAUUUUUGUUUCACAAAACAUCUAUUCGAAAAAGCUAUUGACGCAUAGACCUGAUUCAACUAGUGGAAUUCCCGAUAUUGAUAAUACUCCGCGCAUUGAUAAGCUUAAUAUUUUGUGUUAUUGUUCAUCGCUUGCAUUCAUUUUAACAUCGCCCUUAUGGUUUUUUUCAGAAGGGAUUUCUUUUUUUUCGGAUUACUUUCAUGGUGCCGGAAAAUUUUUUUCAGCUGAAGAUUCUUCUGCAUCAAAUUUUUUAAUUUCUGCUUUUUUGUUAAAUGGAUUAUCUCAUUUUUUGCAAAAUAUGCUUGCUUUUCAAGUUUUGGGCAUGGUAUCUCCGGUCACCUACUCUGUUGCAAGUCUUAUCAAACGUAUUGCUGUCGUUUCGGUCUCUAUUAUCUGGUUUGGACAAAAAGUUUCAGGGGUGCAACAGUUUGGAAUCAUUUUAACUUUUGGUGGCCUUUAUCUUUAUGAUAAACUAGGUGGUGAUAAAACGAAAAAAAGUAAAUACACAAAUAUUUCUUUACAUCACCAACCUACCCUCCCAAAGUAA